AUGUUUAGAAGCAGGAUUUUCGGUACCCCGCCUGAACCUGUGUUCAAUAUGAAGACGGCAUGUUUGCCACCAGAGUUACUAGAAGAAGCGUUAUAUGCUCUUGCUGCUGAAAACGAAAAAAGUAUGAAUAGCGCCAAUGGCUUGCAAGGCUUUUUCAAAGGAGGGAAAAAUGCAGAAUAUGUUUUUCUCCUCUGUGAAGAAAUGGGUUUACCGACUCAAACCCGCUUUUUAGCAAUUGAAAUUUUUGACAGGUUCAUGGCAAAGCAUGUUUGUGAUCUUUAUGAUUUAAUACGUUCAAAUUCUGAGACAAACCUACAGAGAAACUGGAAAGAAGUGGAGAACAGAAUAAAGACUCAGCUGCCACUUCGAGUUAUGUCUUGUGUGCAGCUUGCGAGCAAACUGACUUCACAUUACAAGGCAAUAACCCCUAGCAAAGGUCAGAGGUUCUUGAACUCAAUUGGUCAUUGUUAUACACUGGGGAGUAUAGUAAAGUCAGAGUUGCGGAUUCUGCAGACUCUUGACUAUCAUAUCUUAAUCACAACACCCUUAACAUUUCUGGAAACUAUCCUUGAGAUUCUUGGACACAAUGACACACAAGCACAAGUAAAAUUACUUCAUGAUGCCAGUGUUAAGCUCCUUGACAUAGUCUACCUCAAGUUUGAAGAAAUCUACAGCAAGUUGUGUAUGGCUGCAACAGGAGAGAGUUGUGUUAAAGAUGGCAGACAAAGCCUGGCAAUCAUUAGUAGUGAUCUCAUGUUGCUUGCUGUUUCAGUCAUUGGGGCUGCAUCCUACAUUGUGAAUCAGACAACAAGUGACAUGGUAAUAGAGCAACUUGGUCUUAUCACUCAGAUUCCAGUGGAUGAUGUUUUAGACUUUGCCACAAUAAUCAUUGAGAAUACAUUAUAA